AUGUCUUCGUCACCCUUCCGCAACCGGCACCGGGACUCCUCCCCCGCCGGUGCGCCAGGGAGGAAAAGGUCACAGUUCACCUACCGGCACUUCAACCAGAUGGCUUCUUACAAUACUUCCUGCCCGUUGAGGGUGGUUGCCCAUUUGGAUCUGGACUGCUUCUACGCACAGGUGGAGAUGGUACGGCUCGGCAUCCCCGAGGACAAGCCUUUGGCCGUUCAACAAUGGGAAAGGCAAGGUUUAAUAGCAGUCAACUACCCCGCCCGCGCCUUUAAGAUCGGCCGGCAUUGUACGGUGACUGAAGCGAGGAGGUUGUGUCCGGAGCUUAUAGCGCAGCAUGUUGCUACUUGGCGGGAGGGGGAUGACAAGUGGGCUUAUCGGGAGGACGCGGCGGAGCAUAUUGCUACGGAUAAGGUGUCGCUGGAUCCGUAUCGGUUGGAGAGCAGGAGGAUCAUGAGGGUCAUCAAGGAGCAUUUGCCCGGGGGAGGGUUGCAAAAGGUUGAGAAGGCGAGUAUUGAUGAGGUGUUUUUGGAUUUGACGGCGCAUGUCCAUCAGGUUAUGCUUGAAAGGUAUGGGGAGGAGCUGGGAGGUCCGCCGCCGUAUGGGGAUGUGAGUGAGGAGUUGCCGAUGCCCGUGGUUACGGCGCUGGAUUGGAAGGCGGAUGCUCUGGUCGACCUGGGGGAGGGGGACAGACAGGAGGGGGAAUUCGAUGAUCCGGACUGGGACGACGUGGCACUGCUUGUGGCGAGCGAGAUCGUGAGGAAUGUGAGGGGGGUGAUUAGGGAGAAGUUGGGGUAUUCUUGCUCCGCGGGCGUGUCGAGGAACAAGCUCCUAAGCAAGUUGGGGUCGGCGCACAAGAAACCGGAUCAGCAGACGGUGAUUCGAAACAGGGCGGUUGGGCACUUCUUGAGUGGGUUCAAGUUUACAAAGAUCAGGAACUUGGGCGGGAAGUUGGGGGAGCAGGUUGCUGACGCGUUCAAGACGGAGGCUGUGUCGGAUUUGUUGACGGUUCCGAUUGAGCAGCUGAAGCAGAAGCUGGGAGAUGAGAACGGGGUGUGGAUUUACGAGACGCUGAGGGGGAUCGAUACGAGUGAGGUCAACUCGGGCACUCAGAUCAAGUCAAUGCUGUCGGCCAAGUCAUUUCGUCCCGACAUUACGACUGUGGAACAGGCUACGAAGUGGUUGCGUAUCUUUGCGGCGGAUAUUUUUGCUCGCCUGGUUGAGGAAGGGGUGCUGGAGCACAAGAGGAGGCCAAAGACUAUCAAUUUACACCACCGUCACGGGAACCAGACCCGGUCUCGAUCGGGACCCAUACCGGCGCGGCUUCUGAAUGAGGAAAGCCUGUUCGAGUUGGCCAAGAACCUGUUUCACCAAAUCACGCUGGAGGGUAAUGCCUGGCCGUGUUCCAACCUGAGCCUGAGCGUUGCCGGCUUCGAGGAGGGGGUCUCUGGCAAUAUGGGCAUCGACUCGUUUCUCGUCAAAGGUGACGAGGCACGAGCGCUGAAGUCAUCGGAAUCGGCCCGCACAUCCUCGUCCAAGGAAGCACUCGACACGAGCACACGACAGCAACCUGCAGCAAAGCGACGACGUAUCGAUGGUGCCGGCGGUGGUAUUCAGCGUUUCUUGACAGCGAAACGGGAGCCGUCCCAGGACACCCGGACGACGGGCCCCGAGGACGACCUCGUGAGGAGGAAUAGCGGUGAAGCAAAGUUGGGCACCUCGAAGACAUAUGUCGCAUCAGGCAUGGGAUGGCCGGGAGAGCCUUUACCAGAGGAGGCCCAAGCCGAUUCUAGACGGUCGCCAAUCACACCCCACGCUUGUUCUCGAUGCGACGCCAACCUGGGGGGUCCGGAAGAGCUCCAGAGUCACCUGGAUUGGCACUUUGCCAAAGACCUCCAGGAGGAGGAAGAAGAACGUGUCAGUCAGGCAUUCGCCAACCGACAAGCUUCGACUGCAGUGAACAACGCGCGCGCCGGCAGUCAGAAAGGGGCGGCGGCAGCAUCAUCCGCAUCAGCGUCAGGGUCAAAGAAGUCCACGGGGAGGUCGAAGAAGAAGCCGGAGCGCGGUCAAAGCAAGCUAAAUUUUGGAUGA